UCAGUCCCCCACACACUCCACUCUUCCCCCGUGCGCGGAUUGUCACACAUUGUUUACUACGGCUUGAGAUGUGACUCACAACGCAGGUGAUCUGCUGGAGUACCGCGCUGUGACAAGUGAGGGAUCCCUUGGACGCGCGCCGUGCGUCUUGGUUAUUUGGGGACACGCCGUGGAGACCGCCCUUCUGCCAUGACAGUGGAUUUGUUUGCGCUUUUGUGCGCGCUGGUCAUCACGUCCUCUGCGAUGGAAGAGACUGUGAUGGACACUCGGGUGGCCACAGCUGAACUGGGCUGGACAGCAUAUCCUAAUUCCGGGUGGGAGGAGGUGAGUGGCUAUGACGAGAACCUCAACACCAUCAGGACCUACCAGGUGUGUAAUGUCUUCGAGUCCAGUCAGAACAACUGGCUCCUCACCACCUUCAUCGAUCGGCGCGGAGCACAGCGCAUCUAUGUGGAAAUUCGAUUCACUGUGCGUGACUGCAGCUCCAUCCCCAAUGUCCCUGGCUCCUGCAAGGAGACAUUCAAUCUCUACUACUACGAGACUGACGCCGUCAUUGCCACCAAAGGCACAGCCUUCUGGAUGGAGGCCCCUUACCUCAAGGUGGACACAAUCGCCGCAGACGAAAGCUUCUCACAGGUGGAUUUUGGUGGGCGCCUGAUGAAGGUCAACACAGAGGUGCGGAGUUUCGGCCCACUGUCCAAAAACGGCUUCUACCUGGCGUUUCAAGACUAUGGCGCCUGCAUGUCUCUGCUGUCGGUCCGAGUCUUUUAUAAGAAGUGCCCAAGUGUCGUCCAGAACUUUGCAAUCUUCCCAGAGACUAUGACUGGGGCUGAAAGCACCUCCCUGGUCAUCGCAAGAGGGAUCUGCAUCCCCAACUCGGAGGAGGUAGAUGUUCCCAUUAAGCUCUACUGCAACGGAGACGGAGAGUGGAUGGUUCCUAUCGGCAGCUGCACGUGCAAGGCCGGAUUUGAACCUGACAAUGGCAACGUGUGUCGCGCAUGCCCGCCGGGUACCUUCAAGUCAGCCCAGGGGCCUGGUCUGUGUCUGCAGUGUCCUCCUAACAGCCGCUCCGCAGCUGAGGCUGCUACCAUCUGUGUGUGCCGCAACGGCUAUUACCGCGGGGACGCUGAUCAGCCGGAUGAACCCUGCACAAGUGUCCCGUCGAGCCCGAGGAACGUGAUCUCCAUUGUGAAUGAGACCUCUGUGAUCCUGGAGUGGCAUUCCCCCAGGGAGACGGGUGGCCGCGACGAUGUCGUCUACAACAUAGUGUGCAAGAAGUGUCGCGCCGACCGGCGCUCCUGCUCCCACUGCGACGACAACGUGGAUUUUGUCCCGCGGCAGCUGGGUCUGACUGACACCAGCGUGUUCAUAAGCAACCUGUGGGCUCACACUCUCUACAGCUUUGAGAUACAGGCCGUCAAUGGAGUCAGUAAUAAGAGCCCGUAUCCCGCCCAGCACGUCUCCAUAGACAUCACCACCAAUCAGGCCGCUCCCUCCAUAGUUCCGAUCAUGCACCAGAUCAGCUCCACCAUGAAUAGCUUCACGCUGUCAUGGCCACAACCAGAGCAGCCCAAUGGCAUCAUUCUGGACUAUGAACUGCGCUACUACGAGAAGGACCACGCAGAGAUUAACUCCACCAUCCUGCGGAGCCAAACUAACACAGCGCGCGUGGAGGGCCUCAGGCCGGGCACUGUCUACGUGGUACAGGUGCGAGCGCGGACUGUUGCUGGCUUUGGCAAAUACAGCAGCAAGAUGUGCUUCCAAACCCUCACAGAUGAUGACUUCAAGUCGGAGCUGAGGGAACAGCUUCCUCUGAUUGCAGGUUCAGCUGCAGCAGGAGUCGUCUUUAUUGUUUCCCUUGUCGCCAUCUCCAUCGUGUGCAGCAGGAAAAGAGCAUACACCAAGGAGGCGGUGUACAGCGACAAGUUGCAACAUUACAGCACAGGAAGGGGGAUGUUCUGUUUUGCAUCAGUUCAGUUCAGUGUAUUCAAAAAAUGGUUAACAGACAAGAACAAUCUCAUAGGACAUAUAAGAGAUGUGUGAAAAGGGACACCCUGAUGAGCUAUCUAGAGCUUGAGAAGAGGACCCAAAUACUAAACAGGCGGCACAUAUCCUAUACUAACUUAUCAGCACAUGGUGUAAUUGCAACAAAAUUAGUAGGGCUGCCCCGUGAAAAUUGAAAAAUCAAAUCAUCAGUUGACUGAGAUUCGAAGUCGAGCAUUAGGUUUUUUGUUGUUGUUGGUUUUUUUUAUGUGUGCUGUGUCUGCAGUCUGGGGACUAAGUUGUCCUCAGGAGUGGCUGUAGAGUGAGCACUCCUCGCUUUCACACUGCUCUCUUGGGUAAAACAGACAAUUGCUAUUGUUGGCAUGAAAAAAAUGCUGUUUGCAGUUGUCCUCUCUGUCGUUAGCAUAGUGAACAUGCAUGUGCUCUGAGGGAUAACUUGACUUGUUAACGUGAACGUUGCUGUCACCCUGAUAGUCCCGGGCGGGAUUUAGAUAUGCUCCAAAAUCAACAGCACCCAUCGGCCAAUUAGUGUGACCAUCUAUCAUCAUGUUUAUUUCAAUCCAGAUGCAGUUCGAAACCAUCUGACCUUGUCCGAGUGUUAAAAUGAGAAAUUUAGAGGAUUGCGAUGACUAAGUGGAGAUAUGGGCUCCCUGAGUGCUCUCACAUACUUUAUUUACAUUUUCUACAACUCCAUUUUCUCUUUUGUCCUGUACUUUGCAGCUGUCAUAUCAUGUGCUGUGUGACAUGGGAUAUGUGCAUAAAGCAUGUACUCCUUCAAUAAAUUGAUGAAAAGAAGGUGAAGGUAGAAGAGAAUUAUUUCAGGCCGCAGGCGUCUAUGGACGUAAAUUACAUUUCCUUUUCUUUACACAGUGACACUGACUGACAGUCAUCCCUCAGGGCUUUACGAUAGACGUGAUUGAGUCGUGCUUUAAGCUCUCCCCUGGCGCUGACUGAUGAGGGAAAGGAGCCUAGUGGCACACACACACACACACACACACACACACACACACACACAUACAAACACACAACAGGGUGUGUCUGAAUUUUGUACCUCAAAUGAAUGUCCCAUGUUCUGUCGACCUAGCAGUCUGAGAAAGGGGCUCACUCGAGGGGAUAGGCUUUUGUCAAACCCAACACAGCAACACACUGUUACUUUGUGUCACAGCUUCAGCAGCCGGGCGCUCAUUAAAACUGCUUGGACAGAAGAGUCAGCGUUGUCACCGGCUAUCUUUUGAAGAAAACGAAAUGCAAUUAACAGAAGUGGCGAACGUAAACAAAAGAUCAGACACUUUUGCAGCUCCAAUCAUCAAAUACGUCAAUUGAAGUGAAGAGGAAAUAAAACUCUGAUAAGGGAUCCUAUUCAUAGGUUUAAUACUUCAAUUUGCACGUUGCAAACACUCAUGGAGUAAUCCCCCACCCCAUGAUGCAUUGUUGUCUUCUAUUCUCUCAAGACUUGACUGACAGUUCCGUAAUUACAGUAUUCAACGCAACAAUAAAAUUGCGCCGCUCAGCCAAUUGUUUUGGACGAAUCUCCCAAAAAUGUGCUGCUGGCUUUCACCCAGCUGCUCAUUGUUCCAGGUGAUGCCCACUCGUUUCCAGCCCACCCAAACUUGACAUGCGUCAAGUGGGAUGCUUCUCAUCCUUUUAAUUCAGUAGUGUCGCUAAAUGGCCGUGGUUCCCAUGAAAAGUCAGAUCUAACAUUUCGUAUUGAACCAAACAUCGGGUGGGAUGUAAUGUCCAACAGAUUGGAACAGACACUAUCAUGAACACACACGGGGAAUAAAUGGCUGCUUGUGGGUUUUGUUUUGUUUUUUAAUUCUCAUUAUCACCAGUGUUCACUCCCUCACCAUGUUACACCUCAUUGCAUUCUAAGGCAUUUACGGUUUUCCUCAGUACGUCUAUUCCCUUUCACUAAUUUCCAUACACCAACAGUCUGUCAACAUCAGCCAAUUAACAGAGAGACAUCUCUGAGCACUGCCUGUCUACUGUAUGCCCAGAUGCUUCUCUGCAUAGGACUACCAGCACAUUUUCCACUGUUCGAACCCUGUUUGUCGCUUUGUUGCUUCAGCUGUUGUUUGUGCUUCAGCAUCUGCUGCUCGUACUGAAUUUGGACUGGGAUUCAAAGGCCCAUUUAACAGAUAUAGUUAUGUUUAGAAGUCAAAUAUGUUGACAUCAUGUUAUUUAUUUAUUUAUUUUUCUUCUAUCCUCUGCACAAAGCUUUCAUGCACGUGGAUUCCAGGAAUGAACCAUGACAUAAACUGAGCUGAUGAGAACAUCUGUAGACUAAUGGGACGUUUGUCCUUGCCUUCAUCAAGUUUGUAGGUCAUUCACUCUUUGCAGAUGAGAAUUUUAUCUUCACAAAGUGAAGACAUGCAGAAGGAACCACAAGCCGGAUAAACCCACACAAACACUUUAUUGUCUGUACCAAUGUGACUGUUAAUACCAUAUAAAAUUUUAGAUCCCUUUUGUGAUUUCCAUACUAAUAAGCCACAGUGUCUGUCUGAAAAAAAAACAUCAAACGAUGGAUAAUUAGUUUGUGUUUAGGAAAUAACGCAAUCCAUUAUAUUCACAUAGCCACAGAAUAGAUUAGUGUGCAUCGUGGACUGACAUGAAAUGGGAAUGUAUUCACUAUAGGCACACAGUGACCUGCAACUGUUUAUGUUAAUUUCUCAAAGUGGAUAAUCAUAUAAAAUGUAUAAUUGCUAUCUACUGAUAUUGCUAAAUUACCAAAAUAGUCAGGCAAAUGGGAUUAGAAGUAAUUAUGUUGCCUUGGUGAAAGGCUAACCUAUGAAAGAGUUCCUUUAACUUAAAUAGAUGAGCAUUUAUGAAGCGACUUACUGACAUUGAGGUUUGUCUUUAGCCAAUAUGUAAAUGCUGUGUAGUAGAUCCAGUAAUUUGAUUGUACCCUUUGCCAGUAAUAGAUUAAUGUAAGCAUUACUGCCGUACGGCUGAUUUGUGGAUACAUUAGGGACAUUCAGUGAACAAACAGGGCAGACUAAUAGCAGGGUAAAUGUUGGACAUUGGUGAAAAUAACAUGGUUAAGUGCAGUGAAGUAAACUAUAAUUUGUAAUGCCAGUCAACUUAAUACGCUUAUCUGUUUGAGCAAUUGUGUCAUAGCUUAGGGAUUUUGUUGACAUUUAUAAUCCAAAUUCCCUAAAUUAAUCGGUUUGUUCAUUCGGCCAUUUAAUUUAGAAAGGUAUGAAAUUAUAGUAUUUGUUGUAUGCCCUCGAGUCAUUGCAGCAGCUGUGCUUUGUCUUGGGUAAAAAUAGAAAUGACGUUUGGAAACAUUUGCUUUAUACACUCGGAUGAAGGACCAAUGAAAUAUUAAAGGAGGAAUCUAUUUUUCAUCUGAAGGGCCAUAAAAAGAUGAGUCCAGUUAACCAGGACUGAACCAGAGGAAGGUAGAGAGAUAAACUGUUUGCAUUUUAAAUUAUACAUGAAAGUUGGCUCUGGACUGGGAAUUAGAAAGUAAUGGGUUUGCGUACGUGCCCGUACACCGACGUGUGCACGUAUGUGCUUAAGAUUUUGACUGUGUUCACAAAUGCUUUACUGUAAAUGCUCCCAGCUCAGAUUUUGAGUCCCACCUUCGCUGGGCGAGCGGCCCGGCGACACUUGUCAACAGAAUGACUUUAUGGAAUGCAAAGCUGUAAACCCUCGGAUGGAUUAACUGGAAUCCAAUCUGUAUGGAAUCUCUAAUGAGCAAUUACAUCCGCGCAGGCAGGGUUCAAGACAAUUAGUGUGGUAACUGGAAUCAGCUUUUAGUCAGGAGCGAGGUGAGGCACCUUGAUCCCUCCAAGACCAGACCUUAUCCUCCUCCAGUCUCUCGAGACCCCUCCCCCUCUCUGUGUGGUUUAUUAAGUAGCCAUGAAUUGACAUGAGAUGGGUUUAUUCCAAUCAUGGCUGCCAAGGUUUCGACUAAACAGCGCUGAGAAUGAGGGCUGCCCUUGGGUGUCAGUGACGAAAUGAGGAUUUUACGUCUGUUUACUCGCUGUAAUGUCUGCCUUGUGGCAGUGUGUGUUGAAUUGUUUACAAGUGUUUUUCGGCAGUCCUCCCCUACCGGUCUGUCGACACAGAAAGCGUGUCCUCCGUUUGCACACAUCUCCGGGUCUGUGAACUGAGCUCACCUAUCGCAGAACGGCAUAAAAAGCGAGUUGAUAGCGCGGCAGUUUUAUCUCUUUAUGAGCUCCUAUAGGCAGAGGCAGUGGGGAAAUUGGUUCUACAACUAUCAAAGAGCAGAGACUGCUAGGGUAAGGGAUAAAAGGGUAAAAAAAACAAAAAAAACAGUCUACAUUUACUGUUUCUAUAUACCCUCAUCCCUCCCUCUAUCCUUUCAUCCUUCCCCCCGUCUCAAUUUUUUUCUGUUUCCCCCCUUAAAACUACAGAAUCAUCAAACCACCAUUUUGUUGUCUGCUAGACUCGUAACUGAUGUUGGUUCACCUUUUGUGUUUAAUGCGUACAAUAUGCAUUCAUAUUCAUUUGCAUAUUGUACUGCUCCUGUCCGUCUCUACGGAGGACCAUAGAGCAAAUGGAGUUAUCUGUAAUCACAGUUGUUGAGAGAUUGUAAGUCAUGUUGUGUCACAUGGUAGCCCUUCAAGUCGGCAGUGGAGGUCGUCAUGGAGCCAGAUAGAUGUCAUUGUAAAACAGAGAGCAGCAUGCUGGGGCAGGACGCUGACAUAGUUGUGCUACGUGUCGCGCCUGUGAUUUUAGAUGCUGGCAUUCUUUCCAAAAUCAUACACUGGGGUGGGGCACAGGGGGUCUUCCAAAUGGUAAUAUAGCUGGAUUUCUGUAUAAAAAGGGGCUUGUUUGAUGUAAGGUAUGACUUGAAGGGUAAUUAUAUUCAUCAAUCAUUACCAACAAGACGUUAUCCAAGGAAAAAGAGAGGACAGUUUAUUUUUUCUGUAAAGCUCAUUGAGC